AUGGUUCCUCUGCCGCACUGUUUCGGAUUGAGUGAGCAGGAAGCGAAGGAUCGAUUAAUGAGAGAUGGACCUAACUCCCUCACCCCUCCGCCCACCACCCCCGAAUGGGUGAAGUUCUGCAAGCAACUCUUCGGAGGAUUUGCUUUGUUGCUUUGGAUCGGUGCUUUCCUCUGCUUCGUUGCUUAUUCCAUUCAGGCUGCUACCUUUGACGAACCUCCUGAUGAUAAUUUGUACUUAGGGAUUGUGUUGGCCGCCGUCGUCAUCAUCACAGGAUGUUUCUCCUACUAUCAGGAAGCCAAAAGCUCCCGUAUCAUGGAAUCUUUCAAAAACAUGGUUCCCCAGUAUGCCGUCGUCCAUCGAGGAAACCUGACUUUGACAGUACGAGCAGAGGAACUUGUCGUCGGCGACAUCGUAGAUGUGAAAUUCGGUGACCGUAUCCCUGCCGAUAUCCGCAUCAUUGAGGCUCAGGCUUUUAAGGUUGACAACUCCUCACUGACUGGAGAAUCUGAACCUCAGCCCCGCACUCCUGACUGCAAUAGUACGAACCCCUUGGAAACUCGUAAUUUGGCUUUCUUCUCCACCAAUGCUCUCGAAGGCAAUGCCAAAGGAAUUGUAAUUCGGACGGGGGACAACACUGUGAUGGGUCGAAUCGCAGGACUGGCAUCGGGUUUGGCCACUGGAGAAUCCCCAAUUUCUAAGGAAAUUAGUCAUUUCAUUUUCCUCAUCACUACAGUGGCCGUAGUCCUGGGUGUGAGCUUCUUCAUCAUCGCUUUCAUUCUGGGAUAUGACUGGCUAGAUGCUGUUAUCUUUUUGAUUGGUAUCAUUGUCGCCAAUGUUCCUGAAGGUCUGCUUGCAACUGUCACCGUGUGUCUUACGUUGACAGCUAAACGAAUGGCAUCCAAGAACUGCUUGGUAAAGAACUUGGAAGCCGUGGAAACAUUGGGAUCCACAUCAACAAUCUGUUCUGAUAAAACUGGCACUCUAACUCAGAAUCGAAUGACUGUCGCUCACAUGUGGUUUGACAAUCAGAUCAUUAAGGCUGAUACCACUGAAGACCAAACUGGAGCGGUGUAUGACAAGGAUGCUCCUGGCUGGAAGGCCCUAAUUCGAGUUGCUGCACUAUGCAGUCAAGCUGAAUUUAAAGGUGGUCAGGACAAUCUUCCCAUCCUCAAGAGAGGAGUGACUGGAGAUGCUUCGGAGGCUGCAAUCUUGAAAUCUGUUGAGAUGACUAUGGGAAAUGUGGGAAGUUACAGAAAGAGCCACAAGAAGGUCUACGAGAUCCCCUUCAACUCUACCAAUAAAUAUCAAGUGAGUAUCCAUGAGACAGACGAUCCCUACGACCAAUCAUACCUGCUGGUGAUGAAGGGAGCCCCCGAGCGUAUCAUUGAACGCUGUACCGAUAUCCUUAUAAACGGAACAGACAUGCCUAUGGAUGAUUACUGGAAAGAUGCAUUCAAUGCUGCCUACUUGGAGUUGGGCGGUCUCGGGGAGCGUGUUCUUGGAUUCUGUGACUUCAAACUCCCUUCGGACAAGUUCCCACCUGGCUAUCCAUUUGAUGCAGAUGAACAGAACUUCCCCCUGAAUGGGCUCCGGUUUGUCGGUCUCAUGUCUAUGAUCGAUCCUCCUCGAGCUGCGGUUCCUGAUGCCGUGUCCAAGUGUCGAUCAGCCGGAAUCAAGGUUAUCAUGGUCACUGGUGAUCAUCCCAUAACAGCCAAGGCCAUUGCCAAGUCCGUAGGCAUCAUCUCGGAAGGCAGUGAAACGGUGGAAGACGUAGCGAAUCGCAUGAACAUUCCGGUGAUUGAUGUGGACCCAGAGAAGGCUAGGGCAUGUGUUGUCCACGGUUCUGAACUCAGAGAUAUGACCACAGACAUGCUUGAUGAUGUCUUAAGGAACCACGCCGAAAUUGUGUUUGCCCGCACGUCACCCCAACAGAAGUUGAUCAUUGUGGAGGGUUGCCAGCGUCUAGGUAGCAUUGUGGCCGUGACUGGAGAUGGAGUCAAUGAUUCCCCUGCCCUCAAGAAAGCUGACAUCGGAAUUGCCAUGGGUAUUUCUGGUUCGGAUGUGUCCAAGCAAGCAGCUGACAUGAUUCUGCUGGAUGAUAAUUUUGCCUCUAUUGUGACUGGAGUGGAAGAAGGUCGUCUGAUCUUCGACAACCUCAAGAAAUCGAUUGCUUAUACCCUCACUUCCAACAUUCCUGAGGUUUCACCGUUUUUACUCUUCAUUUUGGCCGAUGUACCUCUACCUCUCGGGACAGUCACCAUCCUUUGCAUUGACUUGGGUACUGAUAUGGUUCCAGCAAUCUCUCUUGCUUACGAAGAACCUGAAUCGGACAUCAUGAAGCGUCAGCCCAGGAAUCCUUUCACGGACAAAUUAGUGAAUGAGCGAUUGAUUUCUAUGGCAUACGGUCAAAUCGGGAUGAUCCAGGCGGCAGCAGGAUUCCUCACAUACUUUGUCAUCAUGGCACAAAAUGGAUUCAAACCUUCUAGACUGCUUGGCAUCCGCCGCUAUUGGGAUUCUCACGGCGUCAAUGACCUUAUGGAUUCAUAUGGCCAGGAAUGGGUAAGAAACUGGGCCCUGAACUUCGCUCUCGUGUUUGAGACGUGCUUGGCUGCCAUUCUAUCCUAUACACCUGGUUUGGACAAGGCUCUACGCAUGUAUCCUCUCAAAAGCCACCUAUCCAUCUGUUCUUCCGCAUCUCUCCAUGGACUCCUCCCUUCAUACAUCUGGGAUCGCCUUCUCUUUAUUGUCUUCCUCUUCCAUGAAUCUUCUCAGAUCAAUCUCUCCCGAGCAAGGACUCAAGUGCUGAUGGGACGGCUCAAGUGCAAUACUCGAGAAGAAACAAUAGAUACUAUUACGGACUAUCGAUCUCGGAAUGGUGUCUCAUAA